AUGACUGAGUUGGCAAGCCCAAACAGGGUACGUAGCUUCCCUGAUAAAGCCGAUGGCUUUGAGCUUGUCAACUUCGGCACGCAUCGCCUCGUACCGUUCGGCAUCGUACGAUCGGCGCUUUUGCCUGACUGGUUUGUGGGCGGGGAGAUGCUGAGCUUGUGGCUGAUGACAUCGGGUGAUAUGCCGGGCAUGUCUUCAUAA